AUGGAAGACAUAUCUUCCAAACAGGUGGACUGUCUGGUGAAAGUCGGGCUCCGGGACCGGGUUGUCCUCCCCGCCAGCGAUGAAUUCGUCGCACGGAUUGAUUCGUACUUCAACAACAGUGCGAAGCUAAAGCCGGCGUGUAUCCUGAUGCCACAAACGACAGCCGAGAUUGCGAUUGCCAUCAAGGCGCUGGUCCAUGGGGAUCAAAAGUUCGCCAUACGCUCGGGAGGGAGCAACUUCUGGCCCAGCAACAAUAUCGAUGGCGGCGUCACCAUCGACCUCGGAUGCAUGCAAGCUACCGAGUAUGAUCCCGAGAGUGAGACAGUCGUGAUCGGUGCGGGGGUCCUCGCCGGCCAGAUUUAUGAAAGGCUCGCCAAGCACGAACGGGCUGUAGGAGCAGCGCGAGAGGCCACCGUUGGCAUUGCUGGGCUCGCUUUGACCGGCGGUAUCACACUCUUCACGGGCCGUCAUGGCUUCGCAUGUGACCAGGUUGUUUCUUACGAGGUAGUGCUAGCCGACGGUCGUAUCGUGGUUGCCAAUGCCGCGGGGGAGCACGCGGAUCUAUUCAAGGCUCUCAAGGGGGGCGGCAAUAAUUUUGGAAUCGUCACGCACUUCACCAUGCAUGCUUGGCCGUGCAGCACAGUUUGGGGCGGCGGGGUCAUCCUCCCAAAGGAAAUCUUUCCUAAAGCAGCAGAUGCCAUAGUCGACUUCGUCAAGGGGGUCCCAGAUGAUCCAGAUACUAAUCUGGUCUGUAUGUUGUGCAAACUUACACCAGAGCCCGUGACCAUCAUUGCCUCCUUGUACGCUAACGUGGCUGGCGUGGAAAAGCCACCGAUCUUAGACAAGUGGCUAGCGUUUCCGGAGGUCUGGAAAUCAUAUAAGAAGGAUAACCUUCUUGGGCUCUUGGAGACCACUGAACAGGCAAAGAAUUACUAUGGUAAUUGGUUCACCAUGUGUUUCAAGAACGAUGCUUCUAUCAUAAUGAAAGCGGCUGAGCUACAUGAUGCUCUGGUGGAGGAGUUACAGGAUCAUAUUGAAGACGGUGACUUCAAGACGCAGUGUGUAUUCCAGCCGCUUCCGCUUGCGUUUAUCCAGAGAUCUGUUGAAGCGGGUGGAAACAUCAUGGGCCUUGAACAACACGACAGUGAUGGGAUUAUUUGGGGCUUUCAUGUCAUGGUACGCACGCCGGAGCUAGAGCUUUGGGCUUUGCCUCGCGCGCGACGGGUUUACGAGCGCUUGCGGGAGUUUGCUAUGUCGGCCGAUGGUCUCCUGAGCUGGGUUACCGCCAAUUAUGCGCACCCCACGCAAGAGGUCUUUCAGAACUACGGCAAGGGUAAUGUUGAGAAAAUCAGAGAGGUGGCUGCCAAGUACGAUCCUGAUGGUGUUUUUCAGUACUUGUGUCCUGGUGGUUUCAAGAUCUCGUCUGUCCUAGAUUGA